CUCACGGAUGCUACGACUGCAGGAUCGUGCUAACUGACCCCUCUGGAGUUUUCACUUCUCCGUGCUAUCCCAAUGAUUAUCCCAACAGCCAAGCAUGCAAGUGGAUCAUCCGAGCACCUCUUGGAUUCAUCAUACAGCUAACAUUUAUUGAUUUUGACAUUGAAGAAGCUCCAGGCUGCAUUUAUGAUUCACUGACAUUAGACAAUGGAGAAAGCCCAAUGAACCUUUGUGGCAUCACUGCCAAAGGAUUAUCCUAUAACUCUACUGGAAAUGAAAUGAUUGUGUUGUUUAAAAGCGACUUCAGUAUCCAAAAGAAAGGUUUUAAUGCCAGCUAUGUACGAAUUGCCGUGUCUCUGAGGAAUCAGAAAGUCAUCAUUCCCCAGGUUCCUGAUGUCGAUGUUGUGGCUGUGGCAGAGACUGUCUCAGUGCCAGAGCUUAGCCAGUUUACACUGUGCUUUGAAGCAACCAAGGGCAGCAGCGAUGACAAUGAUGACUGGAAGGUUUUCUCCUACACCGAUGCAUUGUCAAAAGAAUUCUUCAGCUUUGGGAAGACCACAAAAGGCCAUUUUCUGUCCAUCUCAGGCACGCAGUGCAUCCUUGAGAAUGCAUUGCCCCGAAACGCAGAUUUUUUCACAGGAACUUUUCGACAGCUCUGCGUGAUAGGGGAUAGCUUCUCGGGCAGCAUAGGUAUAUAUGCUAAAAGCAUCUAUCAUAUAGUGUACUGUCCAGGUAUCUUUGGCAAAGUUAUCCCUGGAAACGGCAGGCUGGUGCUGGGCUCUAACAGCAAUGAAGUGAGCUCUCUAAAUGGGGACAUUUACAACUUCCGCCUCUGGAAUUUCACCAUGAAUUCACAAACACUGGCCAACCUCAGCUGUGAUGUGAAAGGAAACAUUGUAGACUGGGAAAAUGAAUUCUGGAGUAUUCCAACUUCAGCACUGAAAGCAGAAAACAAUUUGAGUUGUGGCUCAUACCUAAUUCCCUCUUCUGCAAUUGAACCAACCAGUUGUGCAAAUCUGGGAAACCUUUGCCAAGCUACUGUAAAUGCUACUACUCCUACACCACCCACUGUCACCACUAACAUGCCCGAUACUAAUAGAAACGAUAAGCCAAACAAUGACCUGCAGGAAUUCAGACUUCCUGCUACGUUUAUCUUCAGAAUGAAGAGAAAUUCACCUGAAUCCUCCCAUACACGACCACAAAGGCACCAAGAGUCUAAGAUAGAAGGGGUAAAAACCAUAGGAAUUAUCUCAACCCCAAUUAUUUGGCCAGUGAAACGAAGGCCUCUCCAUUUCAGUAAAAACUCAGUAGAUGAGAACCCAGAGAGAAAAAAUAUGUACAACUUUUUUCUUCCAACUAUGUCCACAUCAUCCACUUCAGAGGAGACUGGCAAUAAUACUUUGGCUGCUUUUACAGAAAAAAUCAACCUAGAUAAUACUGUGAUGAAUCAGUUACCAAAUGAAAAUAUUUUGAAUUACUCUAGAAGUUCAUUUCACGGCACUUCUGAUGCAUCGGAUGCUGUUACAGAGCCUUCUGUGAAUGCAGCAAUUCCUCUUCGUCAAAGCAGAAGUCCUAAUGCAGAGGUAGCACAGACUUUGGCAGAUGGGCUGGAUCAUUCUGACUCAGAGGCAGUGUUCCACUCUCCUGUUCGCAGCAGGAGCAGCACUGCUUAUGAACACAAAAAGGAAACUGUGUGGAUUUCAUUCUCCGACAGCAGUACAACCAAUUUCAUGCAUAUAAGCAACAUCUUGGACCCUGCGAGUUGGUGGAAUGAGACCUUAUUUCAUCAUUAUAUCACCUCUGACACUCAAGACAGACAUCAUUCUCUUUCUAGCUUACCUGUGUCAGCUGCAGAGGAGAAGUCAUCAUUCCAAAGAAGUAGGCUAGAUUUUCUAGACUCCUCAGCUGAAAAUUUUUACCUGGAAGUGAUAGAAGGCAAUGCUGAUAAGGAAACAUUUUCUACAUUAGCAGCAAAUAGUGAAUUUGAGUUUAGAAGAUCUACACACAUUGAGGAACAUCACUCAGGAAACAUUACAAAUUUAACUUCUAUGGAGACUCCACAUGCAAAACCAACAACUUUUUUUCAAAACAUGAAAACAACAUACACAAAAUUUAUGCCUGAUAUCCAACUGACAGAUUCAUUCCUAGGACACAGUAGAGAACUACUGCCUUUUUCAGCACUUCUGGUAGGAACAGGCUGGACAAGUUCAGCAUUUAAGGAUGUUGUAAUGACCCUGCCUGUUUAUCAACAAUUGUUGACUGACAUACAUUUGGAAAGUGACAGCAUGUUUAUAUCUAAUAGCAAUUACUGGUCUCAUUAUUUAAAACAUUCAGUAUAUUUUCAAAAACCAAGUGAGAUCCUCAGAUAUGGAAUACUGGAGAACAAUUUGGAUGCAUUUCAUGGUAGUAAUGAAAAGUCGUCUUUAUCCGUGUUAGAGCCAGAGAACAUGAAAAGAGUCAGCAACUCUGGGGGCUCAGGUUACUUGGAUUUUCCAACAAAAUAUCUAGACAUUUCGCCUUCUUUAACAACAAGUUUCUGGACUGUUUCCUAUUAUUUGAAAGAAGAAUCUCAAGUGUUUUUUCGGGAGCCAUCAGAAAAUUGGUGGCACUCAUUUAAUAAACUGCUUUCUUCCCCAACAGAAAGAUUGCCACCCCUUAGUUCACCUGCUGACAGUAUCUCUGAACAAACAUCUGCCAUUAGAUUAUUAGGUCACAGGGCUGAAGAAACAAACUGCUCUAGUCAUUCAUCAGCUUUGGAAACACAAAUCUUUAGCUCAUUUAUUCCAGGCCUCUCAAAGAGAAUUUCAGAAGGUAAUGGCAAGACAGUAUCACAGUUGUACUCAACAAUGAACUUUGCAAACCUAACCAUGUCUUCCAAGAGUGAAUUUUAUUUUGAAUUUCCUUUGCCCUCCUUGGAAGCACCUUUGAGUCAACCCUCUGUACAGGUACAGGUAAGUCCUUUUGAUAAGAUACUUGAAAACUCCACAGAGAAAUUAAUUAUAUUUGAUAGUUUGCACAUGCAACUUAGAACUGACCUAGUAAGUGAACAAACCAAUAUGACUUUCCUAAACAAUAGGCAGCAGCUUGUUUCUAUCAUUCCAACACAUUCAGGAACCCAGUCUUCAUGGGAUAGCCAAGCUACUUUCUUGAUAAAUACACCGGUUAAGAGUUCGGUAAACAGUACAAGAACACAUGGAUCACUGAAGCCUCAAAGUCUUUCAGAAAAUGAUGCUGUAGCAUAUUCUGUUGAUAAAGCAAGAAGUAAAGUUCAAAUAGAUGCAGGUAUGCUUUUAAAAAACAUCAGUUUGAUGAGCUCUGACUUCCCUCCAGUCUCUUGGUCUUUGGAAUUAAGUCACCUUCUUCAUUCAGACUCAGAAUUCAGAGUCAGCGUACCUCCUAACAGCUAUUCCACACCUCCACUCCCACAGAGUUUUCAGAACCAUCUUGAUUCAAUUUCUCCAAGCCUGGUCACUCAGUGGGACAUAGAGUUAAGCUUGCCAGCAACUGUAACACCGAGAAGUCAUAUAACUGUUUUAGGACAAAACUCCAUCAAAAAUCAAAGGGACAAUCUGAGAUAUUCUCUAUGGGCAGUAGAACAAGAAAUCAUUGGUUAUAAUGAAGACAUAAGGAAUUCUUCUGUUCUGACAUCAACAAACGUACUGAAGCUUUCUGAAUGGGAUUCAGAAGGAGAGGUGUACGAAUCCUUUAGCAAGCACGGAGAAGGAAUGUCUUCUCUGAAUAUUGUUAGUACUCAUGCCUUGGAUUUUGAAAAUGCUGAUUAUGGACAUUUUGCAAAUCUCUCUUCUAUCUUGGAGCCAUCAAGAACUGCAGUAAUGAAUGAUGCAAUAUCUUUGCCAUCUUCAUACAGUAGAGUUGUUAUUCAGCAAAAAGAGACCAUCUUGCAGGGCACUCUGAUGACACCUGCAGCAGCAAUCCAUCACUCUUCCAUGCCAUCCCAAAUGCCAGUUUCUUCUGUAAUGUACCAUCAGUUACCAGUUUCAGCACAUGUUCAUUCCUUGGCCAAUUUACCAUUUGGGACAAGCCAAAAUACCACUCCUUACCCACCACUGAAUCAACUUACUAGUUCUUCUGCAGUCUUGUUAUCUUGUUUGUGUUACUCCACCACUGAGCUGGGCUGCCUGUGUCGACCUGAGGUCAACUACA